GAGGCUUGGCAGGGCUCAUGAGCCUCGGUUUCAUUCGAGUCCUGAGGGCUGUGGUGGUGAGGCGGAGCUCAGGCGUCUUCCUCGAACGGACGAGAAUUUCCCUUCUAAUCUCGCUCGUUAGCUGAAUAUGAGACAGAAGCAGGCUCCUUUAAGGAUUGAAGACGACAUAGAGAGCGAAGAUAUCACUAUGGCGGCCGCGGCGACGGAGGAUUUCCACAGAGAAAGCGGGGAUGGCCUAUGUGGAGACUUCAGUUGCCCCCACUGUGCCUUCAGCGUGGACCAAGACGUCAUGCUUAAAGUUCUUAAACACUUCUUCAACUGCACAUCGCUUCAGUACAUUAUUGAUCUCAGCGUGGGGAAUGCAGCCUCCCUCGGGGCAGCGAAACACUCCGCACCGCGCAGGGCCAGCAAGGCUCCGCAGCCUCACUCAGAACCCGUCCGACACGCAGAACCGCCGACCAAAAGAAGAGCGACAGAGGCACGGGCCACGCCCCCACAGGAGAGUCCAAGAAUCGUGACAACUCAAGCACCGACCCUGCUUGCCAGACUGAACGCAGCUCAGAGCAGGACUCAAACUGUAAGCCAAAGAGAGAUUCCCCCCGAACCAGAGCACCAUACAAGACCUAGACAGGUUGAGACAGUACAGCCAAGGGCACCCGAGACAACAACCACCACCACCACAUCGGCAGCUAGUGUAGAAUUGCCAUCAAUCACAACGAUAAAGGAGGAACCAGGAGCGGGAGCAGCGUGCAUUGUCGAACCUACAGCGCCAACGUUGUUCGACGAUCCUAUGCACACCCAAAAGGACACAGACUCUGCUAUGGGUAUGAAAAGAGACACAGACAAUGUUGGCAGCAUGCUUGAUGCCUUGCCAGGUACAAGCUCCAGCGGACUUUUCAGUGAAGACUUGAACUUUGGUGGUGCAGGGCCCAGCUUUGUUCAGUCAGACCCCUCUCAGGAAGACAGCACUUCAGGAAAUGACGGGGAGACGGGCAUUGUUUCACCACCAGACUUUGGCUUGGAACAGUUUCAGUCGGUCGGUGCAGGGCAGAGUUUACCCAUCACCAGUACAGGCCCCAGGCUGAUGGACACAGUCUCCCUGGAGGAGGACAGAACCAUAUCCAUCAGACAGUCCGUCACAGGAAGCAAUCGGUUGCCAGGCGUCCGGCCCGCACCCUCAGCAACAGUCAGCAAACCUGGGCCGGAGAUAGAGAUUGUUUCAGUGAAGUCCCCGGCGACUUCCAGAAUAAGCACGGGCGCUCCCGGCGUUCGAACGACGAUGCAGAGCAGUCCGCAGCAUCUCGCCCAGGGACAGGUGAACGCUGGGAUGGGUCAGCAGAAUCCACAGCCCAGGAUAAUCAACACGGUCUCCCUCAGCAGACCACAAGUUGGUGCAGCAGGGCAGGACAGGCCCACCUCCAGAGUAGCAUUCCCCUCAACAUCACAGCAGACACAGCAGCCCAGACCAGUGGCCUGCUUCAAAGCACCGAUGAGAGAACUCCCGACACCACUACCCCUUCCUGACUUCGCUAACUCAGAAGACACCCAGUUGAGACACGCAGCACGAAGUGGAAAUCUCCACAUGUACAGAACUCACAUAGUCCGGGAGUGUGCCAAAUUCUACUCGCGUAUGAAACCUAACUUGUCAAGGCAAGAUUAUGCCAGAAUAGGAGAGGCCAUGACAACAGCGUAUCCGUGGUUACAAGGCAAAGGAGCAACCCCAUGGGAAAGGCUUAUCAAGCAACUUCAAGAUAGGAUCAAGCAUGUGAGGUGGUUGCUCAAGAAAAGGGGGCAUUUAGGGUACAAGGGGCAUGACAGGACCUAGGGGAACAGUCUUGUCAGAAAAAAAAACAAGGGUAGCAGGGCCAAGUAUCUUCAGUUGUAGUGUAUUUGUAGAUGGAGCCCAUCUUAUCUUUAUCUAAUGUGGCAUUGCUGGCAGAAACUCCAAUGGUGGGUGCAUCAUAUUAACUGGCAUCUCAAAGCUUCCCCAACAAUAUUUGAACUGGGACCAAACCUGCACCAAAAUACCAAUGUUUACAAUAAUGUUUUCCUUCCAGGACAAAUUUGUCAAGCAACUUCAGACCAGGAUGUACAAUGUCAGUGUCGCUCUCAAGAAAAGGAGUCAUUUAGGAUAUAAGGGCCAUGACCAGAAAUUCAUCUGUAGGAGGGUAUGUUGUAGGAACAACAACAAUACUCCAUAAACUUCAAGACAUUUCAGUGUAAGAACAUGUUUAUUUAGUUACAUUGUUUGAGGAAAGAGUUCUAUUCUGCUGAAAGUUGAAACAUUGAUAGGUGCAUCUAUUGACAUUGCUGUCAAUCUAGUACAGGUAUUUCCUGACUAGUUUCUAGAGUCCAUGGAUGUUUGUACCUUUUCAGAUGAGGUUUAUGAAGGGCGUUCAAGAUAGAAUCACGCAUGUCAGGCGGAAACUGGAGAAAAGAGGGGAUUUAUACCAGGGACAUGACAGUAACCUUGUCUUUAAGUGUAGGGAUCCAUGCUGUAGGCCCAGGAAGACUUAGUCAUGAAUUUCAACACAUUUCUAUGUAGGAUUAGGAAUAGUUUUUUUCGUAUGAAUUCUCCUGAUACAUUGAUAGGUGCAUCAGAAGACAAUAUUAACAUUAAGGUCAGAUAUUUCAAGAGGUUCCCGAUGUCUUGCAUUGGUAGUUUUUUUCCCCCAAAAUUCUUUUUGUAGCCUGUCCCCACAUAGUUUUGGAACUGGAACCAAACCUUUUUCGAUAUCACACAGAAUAUACUACUAUUACUGCUUUUUUCAGGAGGUUUUUUACAAGCAGCUUCAUCAAAGGAUCAAGCAUGUGAGGUGGUUGGUCAAGAAAAGGGGCCAUUUAGGAUACCAGGGACAUGACAGUAACUUGACAUGCAGGGACAUUUGUUGUAGGAACUACAACAGAAAUGUUCCCUAAGUUAAAAAUCACAUUUCUUUCAUUGUAUAAAAACAAAUUUUUGUUGUCUGCCUCUGCGCUCUUUUGUGAUUGGCUGUGUGGGUGUGGUCGAAUUUCACAGUGCAAGAAGACAUUGAUAGGUGCAUCCAAAGACAAUGUUGUCAAAAUGUUCUUAUUGUCUUGAUCUGGGAACUUGUACAAAAAGAACUGAUAGAAGAGUGUUUACAUAAUGCAUCUAUCUAGCCUAUAUUGAAGUCACAAAGUAUAUAAAUUUAUGUUCGUACUUUUCAGGCGUGGUUUAUGAGGCAACUGCACGACAGAGUAAAACAUGUCAGUUGGUUGCUCAGGAAAAGGGGCCAUUUAGGGUACCAGGGGCAUGACACUGCGUUUAAGUGUACAGACCAGUGUUGUAGGGGCCGAAUCGAUCUGUAAACCUCAACACAUCACUGUAGGAACAGCUUACAUUGUCACUUCCACCUUCAGUCAGCCAAUUUUCCCCAUGGACAUUGAUAGGUGCAUCCAAAGACAUUGUUCUCCAUCUAGAAUAGGUAUUCAAAAUAUUUUUGUGGUCUUGCCUUGGUAAAAUGAGACAAGAAGUAAAGGGAAACCUGUAUUCCAAUUUAUGUUCUUGCCCUUUCAGGCAAUUCUCAUGACACAAGUACGAAAGAGGAUGGAGUAUCUCAGUCGGUUACGGAAGGAAAAAGGCCUUAUAGGGUACCGGGGACAUGGCGUUACGUUUAAACAUACAGACCUGUAGAGUCCAAAGUCAUCCUUAAACCUUAAAGCAUUGUUGUGUAGGAACAGUUUGAAUUGUUACUGCCAUUGUCCAGUUGCACUAAUUCUUCUGUUGGGUGGUAUGAAAUAGAAGCAAAUUUUUCCCAUGGACAUUGAUAGGUGCAUCCAAAGACAUUUUUCUUCACCUGGUACUGGCAUUCAAAACAUUUGUUGUGGUGUUGCUUUGGUGUUUUAUUUUACUUGAGACGAGAAGUCUUUUCAGAUAGAAAAGCUGUAUUCCAAUUCAUGUUAAUGCCUUUUUCAGGAAAGGUUCGUAACGCAGGUUCGAAAGAGGGUGGAGCAUGUCAAUCGGUUACUGAAGGAAAGAGGCCAUUUGGGAUAUCAGGGACACGACAGUGUGUUUAAGUGUACAGACGCGUGUUGUAGAAACUGGCAAGAUAUGUAAAGCACAACAGAUAGGAACAGUUUUCAUUUUUACUGCCACUGUUUUUCUGUUGAUGGUAUAGAAAGAAACCAAUAUUGCCCAUCCAAAGACAUUUGGUAAACUAAGACAAGAUAGAAAAGCUGCAUUCCAAUUUUUUUCUUGCCUUUUCAGAGGUUCAUAAAGCAAGUCCGAGAUAGGGUGAAGCAUGUGAGUCUGUUACUCAAGAGAAGGGGUCAUUUAGGAUACCAGGGACAUGACAGUGUGUUUAAGUGUACAGACCAGUGUUGCAGAGCUAUCAAUCCCUAAAGCUCAACUCGUACAGUUCCUGCCACUGGGCUAUUUCAUGAUUGCCUUUAUUAGAUGGCAUGAAAAGGGAGCUGAUUUUUUCCAUGGACAUUGAUAGGUGCAUCUAAGAGCAUUGUUGCCCAUCCAGUACAGACGUUUCAAAAUGUUGAUAUCUUUUAUAACCUGAUUCAAGAAGUAGAGGGAAAAGCUUACGUUAACAUUAAGUUUAUAAGCUUAUACUUAAGAACUGUAUACAAACAUAAAUUUCGCCUUGAGCAGAUUGUACCAAUGUGUCUACCUUUACAGGGGAAGUUCAUAAAACAACUUCAAGAUAGGGUCAGGCAUGUCACUUGGCUACUGAAGAAAAGGGGGCAUCUAGGAUACCAGGGACAUGACAAUAACGUUCUCUUCAAGUGCACAGACCAAUGCUGUAGGAACAGAGAUGUUUCUUAAACCCUGACAUGCUUGUUGUGAAUGUCUUCAUUUGUUCAUUACUUGGAUGAAACAAACACAAAAAUUGCCAUUUUCCCCCAGGGUCCUUGAUAGGUGCAUCUAGAUACUGUUGCCCAUGUAGCCUGGUCAAUACCUCAGGUCGAUAAUGUAUGUAUGUACAAGAAGUCAUUGAUCAUUUUUCUCAUAGAAACUUCUGAAAAGUGUAAAAUCUCUGGAGUGAUUUGGCAGAUGUAUUGGAUGACAAAGAAAAGUUAAAUACUUCUGAUCUGUUUUUCAGUCUCAGUUUUGUAAGCAGCUACAGCAAAGAGUUAACAAAGUGAGAUGGAGAAAAAAGAAAAGUCUUGUUGCAGCUCAGACGUCUAAGGCUUUACCUUACAGCCUUACAUCUUACCAAUAGCACUGGUUAACGUUUAGACAGUUUCUGCUGUUCAUCAUUGAUAGGUGCAUUGCUAGGAAAUGUUAGACAUCUAAAAUUGUUUUUUAGAUGUCAGACUCACCAAAACAUUUUGUAGGUUCGCUGUCACCACAAAUCAUUAAAUCUACUGGACUAAACUUUGAAAUCAUGUUUAUUCGUUUUGUGUACCUACCUUUCCAUCUCCAGGAAACGUUCAUCAAACAACUGUCCAAGAGGUUCUGCCAUGUACGAUGGUUUGCAAAGAAAAGGUUGAGGAAUAAAAUGAAGAGUCAAGAUGGAAACUUCUUUUCAACUGGCAACACAUAGAUAAGCAUGUAUAGCAAACUGUACAAGGCAAGCAACAAUAGGCUAAGUCUCUUGGUGCGCAUUGGUGCAUUGCCCAACACUUGUGUACCUGUAUGUAAAUCUCGUGGAUAAAAGAUGCCACAAUCAACUUAAGUAACCUCCUUUCUAUCAGGUUCUUGGCCGUAGUUACAGCAAAGGUUUAGUGUCUGAUUUGUAUUUCAGGAUGCCUUUGGUCUUCUGGUGCGCAAGAGGAUGUACAAUGCUAGGAGGACAACAAAGAAAAGGGAAAGAUCUCAGCAAAAUACAUGGCAUUUGUAGCAAAGACAGAUACUGAGAUAAAGAGGGAAGAAAUGCUUCGAACCAGGGUACAUUGAUAGGUGCAUCUGUAGGAAUAUAUUGUGACCCCAUGAUCUGAACAGGGAAGUUGGGAAGGGCAGGGUUCACCAGGGAGGGCUUUAGUAGCUCUUAUCUAGAAUUUGCUUUACUUCCAGGAGCACUUCUGCAGGCAAAUGUACACCAGAGUUCACCAUUGCAAGUGGCUCACUAAGAAAAAACUUAAAGCUAGGAUGGAACUAUUGGAAGAGACGGGGCAGGACAGUUGGCACAAAAUAUAGGUAAAAGUCCUUUUAUGUCUUAAGAGAUAAAGGCACACAACAUUACCACAUUCCUCUCCCACUUCCAGGAUGGCUUCCUUAAACAGCUAUGCAAUAGGCUCUACCACGUAAGAUGGACCACGAAAAAAAAGUUGAGGGGAAAAAUGAGCAGUGGACAAGGAAGCUUCAAGUUCAAGAAGAAUUGACUCCCACUCCACGAUAGUGUAUAACGUGUUAGAUACAUGGAAUAUUUAGAAAACACCACUGUAUUUCUGUACACCUUUAGGUAUAUAACAAUGUUUUAGAUGUCUUUGGUAUUUCUGUUACAGGAGACCUUUGCUAAACAGAUGUGCAAGAGAGUUUACAAUGUUAGAUGGACUACAAAGGAAAGGGAAAAAGCAGUGGCAAUACAUAAAGCGGGAAGAAGUCAAGGGCACAUGUUCUAAGACGUAACAAUUUAAAGAAACUGCCUUUUCAAUAGGUUCUUGUGUACAUGUUUGUGCAUUGAUAGGUGCAUUUCAUAGGACUUGGUUGUUUCUCAUGUCAGUAAAACAACUGUUGAUGUUGCUGUUAUUAGUCUUAAAACAUGGGAAUCGGUUGCAUGUAAGUCCAGGCUAUGCCUGUGACAGCUACUGCAACAGUAUUUAUCUUGCUGUUUUACAGGAUAUCUUUGCUAAACAAGUACACAGGAGAGUCAACCAUAACAACUGGAUCUCAAAGAGAGAACUUAAAGCCAAGAUAGCUUGUGAGGAACAACUUUUUUUUACAUGAAGGCCCCUAGAAAAGUCUGCUAGAAAAAUUGACAACCACUUGUCAUGCAUAUAACAGUAUUGUUUUAUAUCUCUUGUCCUCCUUCACAAAGUGGCUUCAUCAAACAGUUGAGAAAAAGGAUGGCUAAUGUCAAGUGGUGGUCAACAUGAUAAAGACUACUAGGACUUAAAAUAACAAAUAACAGAACACUAGAAAGGCAAACCUUUUUGCGGGCUGGCCAUUUAACCAAUAGUUACAUUGAUGGGUGCAUCAUGUAGUGAGGGCUUUGUUUCUUAAGUCAAUACACUAACUCUUCAUUCCGCUCUUAAAAAGUGGGCGUCGGUUAGAUACAAGGCUAUUCCUGAAACUGCCACUUUUUUUAGCAUUUACUUUGCUUACAGGACAUCUUUGCCAAACGAGUAUGCAAGAGGGUCUACCAUAACAGAUGGAUGUCUAAACGGCAACUCAAAGCCAAGAUGGCUUGUCAGCAAGAAAGGAAGGGAUGGACAAGUACAUUUUCCUCGUGAAAUCUGCGGAUGCUUAGUCAACUGUAAAAGUGACUGCAGGAUAUAUGAAUUAGAAUGUGUCAUUUCUUCUACCCGUACGAAUUAUUGUUUAUAUCUUAUUUACCUUCACAGGGUGACUUCGUCUCAAAGUUGAGAAGCCGGUUGGAUUAUGUCGGGUGGAUGGCUUUUAAGCUCUGAAAUUAAAGGCAAGAAUUUCUUAGAAUAUUUAAAACUUUAACUUAUCUUUAAGGACUUGUAGUAUAUCAGUAAACUCAGGGUGAAAAUUUAGGACAGGGCCCUAUGUUGCCUGGGAAUGUACAUAUGUGUCUGUCAAUGUAAGUCUUGGUUUGGCCAUUUAACUAAUACUAAGUACAUUGAUAGGUGCAUCAAGUAGUCAGGCAGAUAAAACAGAGUAUUUCAGUUGAUAUGACAAUCACUUUAUUUCUCUUAUUGUCCUUCACAGAGUGGCUUCACCAAACAGUUAAGCAAAAGAGUCACCAAUGUCAGGUGGAGAAGGAAAUAAAUGACAAUGAUCAUUUCUUAAGAUUUCUCAAAGACAUGGGUUUAGAAAGGAAGACUUAGUAACAGUCCUGUCUUUUAGAGUUGACAUAGCUAUACUUCCAUAUCAUGUAUGAUACAUUGAUAGGUGCAUUCCUUUUGGCAUGUUAUUUGUUACAUGUAUCUGUAGUUACAUAGAAGAUGUGAUCUGUCUCUUGUUCAUAAGCUGAAUUGAACGAAAUAUUCUCAGCUCUUUUGAAUAUCCCAUCUGCCAUUAAAUUGUCUCCCCGGCUUUCCUUUCAGCGUGAGUUCAGUAAACAGUUCAGGAAAAGAAUCAACAAUGAGAGAUGGAAGGCAAGGGAAACUGGGAAGUCCACUGGGAAGGAAUAGCACCUGUGUAAUAUCAACAGUUUAACACAAAGGGAACCAUGAAUUCAGUAGCACAUGUUAAAGCUAUGCCACAGUCCUAUCAAAUAGAUGUCCAACACUAAGCAGAUCCUACCUCUAGUUACUGUAGACUACUGUUCAAAAUGCUGACACAGAAAUAUGUUUCAGGCCAAAGGGGACCAUGUAUUCAGUACUAGCGCAUUUGCCACAGUUCUAUCAAAUAGAUGUCCAACACUAAGCAGACCCCACCUCUAGCUGUCUGUUACUGUGGACUACUGUUAAAAAUGCUGACACAGAAAUAUGUUUCAGGCCAGGUUUGUCAGACAACUGAGCCAAAGGAUCUGCUGGUGCAGGUGGAAAGAGAAAGGAAAGAGGAAAGUCCCUGGGGGCUCAGGAAGUCAGACUUAGCGACAAGAAAGUUUACCUGUAAUACAAAUAGCAACUGCAAAUUUUCCCUUAGUAGUGGUUAAAAAAUGCUGGCAUUCUGAGUACAUUGAUAGGUGCAUAAUAAGGUUAUUUUGUGUUGAAUGUCGUAUGUUUCCAAGAAUGAUUUGAACAGUACAUUUCUCAAGCAUGGUGAUGAUUUUUUCCUGGUUGCCUCUCCAGAGCGCUUUCAAGAAACAGCUUAGGAAAAGGGUCAACCAUGUAAGAUGGACCACCAACAAAAAGAUUCGCCAGAGCUUUAGAAAGCAACCUUAAGGGUUAAGACAUUGAUAGGUGCAAUGACAAGUUCGGAUUUUAGG